AUGUUGCCCCAGUCAAAGACCGUCUCCGACAAGAAGGACGGCGAUGCGGCCCUCUUCUUGAGCAUCUCAGACGCGUACGAGGAGCUGUCCAGCAAGUCGAGCGGCGAGAGCCCCUCUAUCCCCAACAUGAGCGAGGAGCUGUGGACGGAUCGGUCCGACUCGCCGCUCUGCAAGGCCUGCCUCAACGGCGACCGCGUCGAGGUGAAUCGGCUGCUCGCCGAGGCGCGCUCGGACCCCUUCCAGCAGGACAUCGUCAACAGGCCGGGCCGGUCUGGACUGACGCCGCUCAAGUACGCCUGCGUCAACGGGCACGACGCGAUUGUCGAGAAACUGCUCGAGUCCCGCUGCAGCGUGGACAGCACGAGCCGGGCGGGCGUGACGGCGCUGAUGGAGGCGCGUGCGGAUCAUGGGGCAGACCGCGCUUUCCUUCGCAUGCAUGGCGAGGAGCGGCAGCGAGGCGCGGCGUGCUGCCGGCUGUUGGUCUCGCGCGGCGCCGUGUCCUCUCGUGCGGAGCGGGGGGCGGAUCCAGUCGAGUAA